AUGGCAACGAUGACGAUGCAGCUGGGUGGGCUGAUACUGGCCGUGCUGGGCUGGCUGGGCUCCAUCCUCACCUGCGCGCUGCCCAUGUGGAAGGUGACGGCCUUCAUUGGCUCCAACAUCGUGGUGGCCCAGGUCUUCUGGGAAGGGCUGUGGAUGAACUGCGUGUACGAGAGCACGGGGCAGAUGCAGUGCAAGGUCUAUGACUCCCUGCUGGAGCUCACUUCUGACCUGCAAGUGGCUCGCGCCUUGGUGAUCACCUCCAUCUUCGUGGCCUUCUUCGCCUUCCUCACCGCCAUCUCGGGCGCAGACUGCACCCGCUGCGUGGAUGACAAGAGCACCAAGACCAGGAUCUCCAUCAUGGCAGGUGCCAUUUUCGUGCUGGCCAGCAUCAUGCUGCUCAUCCCUGUCUCCUGGUCUGCUAACAGCAUCGUCAGCAACUUCUACAACCCCAUGGUGCCUGAGGCCCUCAAGAGGGAGCUGGGGGCUGCCCUCUACAUUGGUUGGGCCUCCAGUGCCCUCCAGCUCUUUGGCGGGGGCCUCCUGUGCUGCUCGGGACCCCCGUCCCAGCAGGACCCCUACCCCAAGAAGUACAGGGCGGUGAAGAGCUGCAGCCCGAUGAGCUACGCCAUGAAAGACUACGUGUGA